GCGUUAAUGGGCGCCUCCCCCUCCAGCCUUCAAGCGGCAGGAGAACCAUGAAGUUGUAGUUUCUUUACGAGGGACUGACACGGAAACCGGCGUGAAUGAAACUACACGUCCCGGCGCUACGUCCAAGUCGCCAAUGUGUAAUUGCGCUCGUUCUUGACUGGCUGCUUCCUAAAAUGUGGUUCGGGUGAGGAGGGAGGGGGGCGCCAAGCGAGCAGUCAGUGUCGCCGAAGUGGCCGCCGCCACCACCGCCGCCGCCGCCGCCGGGAUGUGAACGUCAACCGGGGUUGGAGGGGAAAAGUAGGGGAAAUUAACCGCUUGCUGCCACAGCUGGAGGACAAGUGAGGUCACGACAUGGCGGAAGGCGAAGACUGAGAAGAGGGAGUUCAACAACGGAUAUACGCACCUGACUCAAGAUUUGACCUGGCCGGCUACGAACUAACUAACUAACUAACUAACUAACAAGACUGAGUGACGGGAGAAAAGCCCGCUUCACUUUUGUUUUUGCGCGAGGAGGAACUUUUCAAUGCCUUUUUAAUGAUUCGAGACUUGAGCAAGAUGUACCCUCCGGCGCGGCAUCCGCCCGGACAGCCGUUUAAGUUCACCGUGUCGGAAUCCUGCGAUCGGAUCAAGGAGGAGUUCCAGUUUCUCCAGGCCCAGUAUCACAGGUUGGCAACCAGUUCAGGAUGUACCCCGGUCCUUGCCCAAUGAUUGCUGGGAUAGGCUCCAGCACGCCCCCCACCCCAGUGAGGAUAAGCGUCUGAAAAUGGAGUGUGAGAAACUGGCAAGUGAGAAAACAGAGAUGCAGAGACACUAUGUCAUGUACUACGAAAUGUCAUAUGGACUCAACAUCGAGAUGCACAAACAGGCAGAGAUUGUCAAGCGGCUGAACGCAAUCUGCGCUCAAGUCAUCCCUUUCCUUUCUCAAGAGCAUCAGCAGCAGGUGGUGCAAGCAGUGGAGAGGGCCAAGCAGGUCACCAUGGCUGAACUUAAUGCCAUCAUUGGACAGCAGCAGCUCCAAGCUCAGCACCUCUCUCAUGGCCACGCCAUCCCUGUCCCACUCACGCCACACCCAGCGGGCCUUCAUCCUCCCCUGCCCCCUGGCGCUGGUACUGCCAGCCUGCUGGCACUCUCCUCAGCCCUUAGCCAUCAACUGCCCCUGAAAGACGAGAGAAAACACCAGGAUAGUUCUGAAGAACACCAAAGAGAGAGAGAUGCUGUGAAGAGCUCAUCUGUGUCUCCGUCCGCCAGUUUUCGGACUGGAGAGAAGCACCGAGGUUCAGGCGAUUACUCCGCCGACAGCAAGAAGCAGAAGACAGACGAUAAGGAGUUGAGCGCUUCACGCUACGAAAGUGACGGUGAGAAAAGUGAUGACAACUUGGUAGUGGACGUCUCCAAUGAAGAUCCAGCCUCUCCAAGAGGAAGUCCUGCACAUUCUCCUCGGGAGAAUGGAUUGGAUAAGAGUCGCCUGCUGAAGAAGGAUGCGCCCCAGAGUCCCUCUUCUGUUGCCUCCUCCAGCAGCACACCUUCAUCUAAAUCCAAAGAGAUUAAUUUGAAUGAAAAAUCUACAACACCAGUUUCCAAGUCCAGCACACCCACAUCCCGUUGCGACGCGCCCACUCCCAGCAGCACCACCACCAGCCUGAGGGCUGCUCCAAGUAAACCAACCGGAGCUGAGACACUUGCACCUGGUCUGCGCACACCACUGGCGGUGCCGUGCUCGUAUCCAGGCCCUUUUGGAAUUGUCCCUCACCUUGGCAUGAAUGGCGAACUGAGUGGAGCGGGCGCCCCCUACACAGGCCUACAUAGCAUGAGCACUGUGGCUGCAGCCGCUGUGGCUGCUUAUGGACGCACACAAGUGGUGGGAUUUGAUCCUCACCAUCAUAUACGUGUCCCUGGCCUUCAUCCCAAUUUAUCAGGCAUUCCUGGUGGAAAACCAGCCUACUCUUUUCACGUGAGUGCUGAUGGACAAAUGCAGCCAGUACCUUUCCCUCCAGACGCUCUGAUCGGCCCGGCCAUCCCACGUCACGCGCGACAGAUCAACACACUUAACCACGGCGAGGUGGUGUGUGCCGUCACCAUCAGCAACCCAACCCGUCAUGUUUACACUGGCGGCAAGGGUUGUGUCAAGGUUUGGGACAUCAGUCACCCGGGCAACAAGACCUCAGUGUCACAGCUGGACUGCCUUAACAGAGACAACUACAUCCGCUCCUGUCGACUGCUCCCUGAUGGACGGACGCUCAUUGUGGGAGGCGAGGCGAGUACUUUGUCUAUAUGGGAUUUGGCAACGCCAACGCCGCGGAUCAAGGCAGAAUUAACAUCAUCAGCUCCUGCGUGCUACGCCUUGGCUAUCAGCCCUGACUCCAAGGUCUGCUUUUCUUGCUGCUCCGAUGGAAACAUAGCCGUCUGGGACCUUCACAACCAGUCUUUGGUUAGACAGUUCCAGGGCCACACAGAUGGAGCGAGCUGCAUAGACAUCUCCAAUGAUGGAACCAAGCUUUGGACAGGAGGUCUGGAUAACACCGUCCGCUCCUGGGAUCUUCGAGAGGGCCGCCAGCUGCAGCAGCAUGACUUUACCUCACAGAUCUUCUCAUUGGGAUACUGUCCAACUGGUGAAUGGCUGGCGGUGGGAAUGGAAAACAGCAAUGUGGAAGUCCUACAUGUCUCCAAACCUGACAAGUAUCAACUCCAUCUACAUGAAAGCUGCGUACUCUCUCUCCGAUUUGCUCACUGCGGGAAGUGGUUCGUCAGCACAGGGAAGGACAAUUUGCUAAACGCCUGGAGAACCCCGUAUGGAGCUAGCAUAUUCCAGUCUAAGGAGUCAUCCUCGGUGCUGAGCUGCGACAUCUCAGUAGACGACAAGUACAUUGUGACUGGCUCUGGAGACAAGAAGGCCACUGUCUAUGAGGUCAUAUACUAGGGGAGAGUGAGGGGGUCAUCCUCUUACCCAGCCACUGUUCAAUGUGGCCAACCUUGUGUACCAUAUACAAUUUGUAUAAUACGGAUUUUCAGUUAUUCUUGGACUUUUUAUGCGUGGUCAGAAGGAAGCACAGAGAUUUUUGUUUUCAGUGAAUGAAUGUCCAUGUAUAUUGACCAUAUGUUGUAUAAUGAAUGUCUGGAUAACAUUCCUUUUUAUUUCUUUUUGUCUUUGUGUAGGUGUGUGGCACCAACACAAGAUUGUGACUGUUUACGUAUUUACUUAUUGCCGUGUGUACGGAUGCUUGAAAGAGGGCUGCUUCGGUCCUGCCUCACACAUACAGUAUUAAGGUUUGACACUGGAUUUAGCCAUCAAAACUAUCUUACCUGGAGGUUAAUAUGACAUUAAUAUUAAUGUUUUUAAUUUUGAUGAAUGGUGUUGAAACACAGUGAAGUUGCGGUUCGUUCAGUCGAGAGGCCCUUGGGUUCGAAUCUAAGCUCAGGCUUUCCUGUAUGCAGAUUGCAUGUUCUCCCCGUCUAAUAUAUAUACCAUUAUGUCAGAAAUCAGAUGGGAUAAACUCCAGCUCACCUGUGACCCAAGUGACGGGAAAAUGGAUGGAUGAAAUUCUUCUAUUUUUCUUGUGUGGUCCCUCAAUCCUACUUUCCUUUAAAUUUUGUUUUCUUCACUUUUGUGAAGAACGAGUCAUCCACCAAGAGGACUGACGAUGAAUUCUGUUCACAACAGUGGCACUUUGAGGAAAAAUUCAGAAAGUAUGAUAUCCCUUCAGUUCAUGAAAUACGUGUCCACGUGUGUGUGUGUUUGCCUCGUGUGUAUGUAAUAACAAGAUUGCCCGCAGUGCCCUCACUUCUGCCUGCCCUUUUUGCACUUUCAGUUGUGCCCUCUCAAUUGAAACUCUGCUGGAUGCAGAAGCAAUUCCUUUUCAGUAUAGACCAUGUGGUAGUUCUGUGGGUAAAAAAGGAGAAGUGGUCUGCGGUGUGUCUCUUAAUUAUCUUGGACUGACUUAUGUUUGCUGGUAGGAAUGAAACAAAAACAGUGCCUUUACCCUUCUCUGUCCAACUGGAAUGUGACGGACUUCACUGAAUAAUAGUUUGUUUGUUUUUUUGCGGGGGGACAGUCGGGGGGGUUCCAGUAUUCAAUACACUUAACAGAGGAUUACUGUAAAAUCCGUUUUUAAUUCCUGAUUUUUUUGUCUGAAAACAUGCAUGUGAAACACAGCACUAUACCAACUGCUACUGUCUUUUUAAUCGUUAGAAGCAUGAUGACAUUCCUACUGUCCAGAUUUGGCUGUUUUCCUCCUGAUAGAUGGCUGCAAUAGUCAGUUUAAAAACAGCCACCCGUACCGCAGGAAAAAAAAAAGGGUCAUGAUGUGUGUGCAAUCCUUAGUCACGAUAGAACAUCCAAAGUGAAAAAGAAUCAAUUCUGCUACUGAUUACAGUAACCUGCCGUACAUUGGCCAUUCACUCCUCACAAAUUUACCAAACUGUCCCAACUUAUUACCCUUAAAAACUCACUUGGUCGCAGUAUUCGUACACUUUCUGAAACUAAUAGGGACAUUAAACAUUGGUGUCAAGGAAGUAUGUAGAAGUGAUACAUCUCGACUUAGAGACAAGCUCUGUACGUGUAUCUAGAAGAAGCUAAGGUAGUUGAUGUAAACUGAUUACGUUACGAAAGACUUCACCGCCUGUGUAUGUAUACGCACUCUUCUGGUGCAUUUUAUUUUUUUCAAUCAAAGCAUCUGUUAAGCAUUUAUUUUGAAAGGUAUUUUUGUUGAUGAGUUUGAAACGAUAUUCACAUUUUAAACGAUUAAUGUACGUAUUCACAACAGGGCUCGCUCUCCCUGUCCCUGCCGAAUACCAAGGGGGAUUGCCGUCUUUCAAAACCAAGUUACCAAAGAAAUGAUGUGAAGUGAGUUAAUCCAAACUGCCGCCAUCAUAAAAUAAUUAUUAAAUAUCGGAAAGUUUUCAAGUGACAGUUAACAUUCCAGAGGGUCUCAAAAGUACAAAGUUCAUCACUGUCAUGCGAAGUAUCUGACAAAAAAGUAAAUCAAGUAAAACUGCAAUAUUUGAAGAUGCCAGACAAGUACUGGAGAGUGAACUGGAAGGCGUUUGGAUAGCAAUUUUGUUGCUAAUAUUGCAAUUAAGCAUUGCUGUAUUUAAUUGUAUUGCUCAUAUUGUACAGAGGAGCAGACAAAGGCUCUCUGGUGUCAGAGUAAUGACUUCACUUUCCAUCUGCCAUCAUUGGUACCCUUAGGCAUCACAAAAUACACCCAAAAAGCAAAAUAUGUGAAGUCAAUCCUUUUACGUCUUAUUAGAUGAAUGGCAAUGCACAUGAUAGCUUGACUUAUGAAGCAUAAAAAUGUUGAAGCCCAAAUUGUACCACUUUAAGAAGUUCCAAUAUUUGUAUAUGAUUCAUAUACUGUCACUUUUCCAUUUUUUUUUGCCUUCUGCUGUGAAAAACUCAAUUUGAAGGAAAUUGUGUUUUAUAUCGCAAUGAUUCAAAUUUUAUCGUGUUCCAAAAUAAUACCAUGACCAAACACAACUGAAAAUACAAACCAAGCAUAAAUCCCCACAUUGGACAUCUGUAUAAGAACUUUAACAACCAUUUUAAGAAGAAUUAAUGGUACUUCUUGGAUAAUAUUUUUGGUUAUUAUUUUAUGUCAUUUUAAGAGUUGUGCAAGUAAAUGUAGGCAGAAGUCUAGAAUACAUCCUUGACAUGCGUGUGCAUGUAAGUAUGUACAAGACUCAUCGACUAGCUGCCUUUAUGUUCUGUAAUCAUGAUGUUCUAGCUCAAUUCAUGCAUUUUCUUCUCCAUUGUUUUCUGCACUUGUUUCUGCUUUUUACUACUGUAAAAAAAUGUACUGUGCAACUUUAUGAUACUGGUACUGACAAGCUGAUACCGAACUGCAGUAUUACAUCCAGUGGUAGUAGUGCGUGACACUCUUAGCUUGGAAGAAGUUGUGGUGGUAUUGUACAAGAACUGUAAACAUGUAAGUAUUUUAAGUUGAAAAAGAAACCUCAUGUCAAUAACAGCUGUGGUUCUUCUCUACAAAUGGACUUUGUCAACCCCCUGUAUCUUUUUUUUUUUUAAUCCAGUCUGUAGUUGAUUUUAUUAAAUUAUUGUGUGGA